AAGUGAUAGGGAGAUAGAGAGAGACAGACAGAGCGAGACACAGGGGCCAGGGUGGUGACCGAGACCAUUGAUACAGCCUGGUCACUUGGGAAAAGCACUGGAUUACUAGUCAACAGACAACAUGGAUUUCCUUAUCACUGGCAGCUUUUAAUCUUCAGACUGCACCAGACUCACCAACUGUGAACUUUGACUGACUACUUGCCAUCCAUGAAGGACAUCUUGAAUUAAUCUGGAAGAGAGAGAGAGAUUACAACCUGGGAAACAAGAAGAGUGUUGUCAGGAUGGGGUGCAAUGAGAGCAGUCAGCAGUCAAAACGAGGCAACUUCCAAAAGAAGGAAGGCGAGAAUGGCAUGGCGAACCACAUGAACCCUCAGAGAGGCCCACUUGCUGUGCCUGAGGACCAGAGGGUGAACCCUCCAGAAUACGAGAAGAAUGUGGUCAUUGCGCUUCACGACUACGACCCUGUCAACGAACACGACUUGGCCUUCAGCAAAGGAGAUAAUCUGAAAGUUCUAGAAGAAAAUGGUGACUGGUGGCUGGCAAGAUCCUUUGUCACAGGAAAAGAAGGAUACAUCCCAGCAUCCUAUGUUGCAAAGCUGGAUACCUUGGAGGCUGAAAAAUGGUUCUUCAGAAGUCUGAGUCGCAAAGAUACCGAACGACUGCUUCUUGCCCCCGGAAACAGGCUGGGAGCUUUUCUGAUAAGAGAGAGUGAAACCAGCAAAGGUGCCUUUUCUCUGUCUGUGCGAGACGCUGUCCCACCUCAAGGGGAUGUUAUCAAGCACUACAAGAUCCGUUGUCUGGACUCUGGUGGAUAUUACAUCUCGCCCAAGAUUACCUUUCCUACUCUGCAGGCGUUGGUCAACCAUUACUCCCAAAAGGCAGAUGGACUUUGCCAGAGGCUAACAAUGCCCUGCAAAAGCUCAACACCCCAAAGACCUUGGGGGCAGGAUGAGUGGGAAAUUCCCAGAGAGACCCUGAAAUUGGUAAAGAAGCUCGGGGCAGGACAGUUUGGUGAAGUAUGGAUGGGGCUGUAUAAAAACCGUCAAAAAGUGGCUAUCAAGACCCUCAAAGAGGGCAACAUGGCUCCAGAGGCUUUCCUGGCUGAAGCCAACAUAAUGAAGACCCUUCAACACAAUAAGCUCGUACGACUCUACGCUGUGGUUACUAAAGAGCCCAUCUUGAUUGUGACGGAAUUCAUGUCCAAUGGUAGCUUAUUAGACUUCCUGAAAACAGACCAAGGAAACAGGCUCCAGCUUCCGAAACUGAUUGACAUGUCGGCUCAGGUGUCAGAAGGAAUGGCCUACAUCGAGAGAAAAAAUUACAUUCACCGUGAUCUUCGGGCGGCCAAUAUCCUUGUCUCCGAGACCCUGACUUGCAAGGUGGCAGACUUUGGCUUAGCCAGGAUUAUUGAGAACGAAUACACCGCACAGGAGGGUGCAAAAUUCCCCAUCAAAUGGACAGCACCAGAAGCCAUCAACUUUGGCAAAUUCAGCAUAAAGUCAGACGUGUGGUCCUUUGGAAUCCUCCUUACAGAAAUUGUGACGUAUGGGCGGAUUCCUUAUCCAGGUAUGACUAACCCAGAAGUCAUCCGAUAUUUGGACCGGAGGUACCGCAUGCCCUGCCCUGAAAGCUGUCCAAAGCAGCUCUAUGAGAUCAUGCUGAUAUGUUGGAAUGAGAGUCCAGAAGAGAGGCCCACCUUUGAAUAUUUACAAACCACCCUGGAAGACUUCUACGUAGCCACAGAAGGCCAGUAUGAGGUGCACCCCUAGGAGGAGGAGGAGGAGAGACACUAGGGACCCCUGAACUGAGAGCUCCUGGUACAAUCUGUGACCGAGACUUUGGCCAAAGUGUCAGCGAAUGUACCCCCUUCUCCCUUUAGAAGACGUACGGGGACAGUAUGUAGAAAUCGACUUGAGUUCCUCGCUGUUACGCUAUUUAUUUGCCUUCAUGGCUGGAUGAAUUUGUAUUCAGUUGACUUGACCAAAGACAAUGGAAAUCCAUUGGGAUAGGCCCAGUUUCAGCCCAGCACUUCCUAAUGACACUCACCAGGAUCCUCUUUGAAGAGUUAGACGCACGCGUACUGUUGAGCUCUGAGGUGCUUUCAGAUUCUCAAUUAGGGAGGGAAUGCAAGGAACGGUGGAUGGAAGACAAAGGCUUGUCUCAGAUAUGGAAAUGUAAUAAAAAGGAAACCUCUCUUCUUGAUUUGAUUGAAGAUGGAGCUCCUUUGAUUUUUGGUGGAACCAUCCACCUCGCUCUCCUUACCCGGUCAUCGUAGAAACUUGUCGGAAACAAUUACCUUUGGAAAUAACGUCAAGUCGAAAUUCAAAGGAAACUCAAAGUCCUGCUAAUUCUUGGUUGUCUACGAAGCUCACAUUUGGCCUCCACAAAAUGAACGUCAUGGGACAAAACCAACAGUCCUUGACUAUGCAAUAUGAACUUGAACCUUGUGUACUGUUUGUAAUUUUUUUUGGAAAACUUUUUAUAAAACUUGAGCGUUGUCCAGUCACAGCAGGGUGUCGGCCCCUGUGUCUGGAUGGGGUUGAGGAGACGAUGUUUUGAAUCACUAGCACUGAGUGCAAUAAUGAUACCAGUAUGUCUGCCAUCCCUGCAAUGCUUGGCCGUUCCUUAAGCUUUUGCCAUUUGUCUGGUUAUUAGGUGCCACUGAUAUUCAUUUUUUCUUGACCUAGACAACCAUUAGGAUGCCCCCCCUGUCAAUCAUUACUGGCAUGUGAUUGACAUUACCAGGCCAAUGACAUUUUCUGUAACUUAUUGUGCCCACAUGGCUACCCUGGCAACCGAUUAUUGUGUAAAUUGAGUUAUUGGCAUUGGACAAGCUUAGCACUGGCAUAAAGAAAGCUCUCAAACAUUCCAUAAAAGCAACCUGACACACAUUUUGAAAUUAUUCUGAAGCUCUAUCUCUCUCUCAGCUGUCUGAAUGACGUCCACCAAGGUUCUCAAUGUCUCCUUUAGAAGGCCUGGGAGUCAAAUCCUGGAGAUGGGGUCCACUUUGGGAGUGACGUCUCUAAUGUUGGGUUCCUCUUCUCCCAAUCUUUCACAGCCUUCCACCUUGUCAUUGUUGCCAUGAUUUCUAACUGUAAAAAAUGUGAUCUGUUCAUCUUUGUUUAUAAUGCUUUGACAAUCCAUCCAUCCAUUAUCCAACCAUUAGCCAAUCCCAGCCAACACAGGGCGCAAGGCAGGAAACAAACCCUGGGCAGGGCGGCAGCCCACCACAGUGCUUUGACUGUGGUUAGACCCGAAUUGAUUCUUUGGCUGAACCUUUGGUAGAGGACCAUGUCUGCUUACUGGUUAGCACUGGUGCCUUACAGCUCCCGAGUUUUGGGUUUGCAUGCUGUCCUGACUAUGUGCAGUUUUCAUGUUCUCUUCGUGUUAUUGUGGAUUUUUACUCCAGUUUUCUUCCACAUCCUACAGAUUAUGCAGUGUAGGCCAAUGGGUGAUUCUGAUCUUAAGGGCGUGCAGAUUUCUGUCCAGCAGGGGGUGCUGUCUUUAUGAAUAGGUUGGGUUCAGUGUGGAAAGGUGGUUCUGCUUGCAGUGCCAUCUUAAAUCCUCACCCGUGACAAAAUAAUCAAAUCAGCAACAGAAAUCAAUCACAAGCCAAGUGAUAAUUUUAUACUUCGCUUG